AUGUCGACACCGACAGAAGGGAUCCAACGAGACUUGCUCUCUCUAGUCCUACGAUCUCGCAAAGCGUUGGAUCACACAAAGACGUUGUGCUCACGCGCAGAUGUCCUCAGCAAGGACUCGACGGAGCUCGCACUCGAUCUCGUGGCCGUCGAUGCCAAAGUUCGAUGGGCGAAUGAAAUGAUUUCUGAUCAACUCAAGCUCGUAGGCAGUAUUGUAAAGACGCUGUCGCUCCAGCGACAGAAGCUCGAGCGGGAUGCAAAGAACUGGGACCAGAAGCGCAAGGAAAGGACGGCGGCACUCGAGGCGCUCUUGGACGACUUGGGAUCUCAGUCAGUCCCGCCAUCUUUCUAUGAAACGGCCUCUGGCUCGUCGUCAAUAUUUGGCAGCCAGCCUUCCGGUGACGAGGGCGAUGGACCGUUUGCAGAGGAAGGUGGGCAGCAAAGGGAGCCGCAUGUAAAUAAGGUACAGGCUUCGAGGGCGAAGUGGAAGACACUACGCUCGUUUGUGGAUGAAAAGGCUGUGGAAGAGGCGAUUGAGCGGAUGGACGAGGAUAGGAAUGCGUUGGAGGAUCUCAUCGAGUCGACUAGCUCUCAGACCCAAGUGCUGAGCGACGAGAUACUCGCCAUUAGGAAUGCCCUGCCCACUCGCUCUCCCAGUGUCGUAUCGUCGGUGCAUGACCUUUUGAAAUCGCAGGAGAGUGACUUAGAACGAAUGGCUCAGCUUUUGAUGGAUGUCACUCACCAUUUUGACCAAAUGGAGAGUGCGUUGGCAGACUUUGACGCCGGCGAGGUAUUGGGCGAAGACGACAUGGAAGUUUUGGAGGGAGAUACAGCAGAGCUACCUUCCAUCAUUGAAGAAACUGAAGCGGGUCUUCGCAGAAUCGAAAACGUCAGCAAGCAGCUCAAGGCGACUAAGGAUAGUCUCGAGGAAGAACUGUUUUUACAUAGGGCCCGUCUAACCGCAUUGGAGGCCUUGGAAGUCGAAAUUAGCAAUCUCAACGACAGUCAGCAAACAGUAGAGGCGCAAGCGAGUGAACUACACGCGACCCUCGAGAGCCACUUGGCGGCACUCGGUACCGUAGAGGAGACAUAUACACACUAUCGCUCUGCGUAUGGCAAUCUAGUCUUCGAAAUGGACAGGAGGCAAAAAUAUCGCGAGACAGUGGACAGAAUUAUCCACGGUAUGAACGAACAGCUCGCGGCUUUGCGGCAAGAGGAGCUCGCGCGCAGAGAGCAGUUCUUCAAAACAGAAGGAACAUACAUACCAGAAGACUUGUGUCCAUUCGUAGGAGAUGGCCCAACAAUCUUCGAGGUCAAUUCUGCUGCGGAAGAAGUCGCAGUCACCGUUAAUUCGCAAUACGUAGAAGAGGUGCAACAUUUUCUGGCAGGAGAUCAUACGAAGAAAAAAAUAAGACUGUGA